AAAAAAAAUGUUAACAGAGGUUGUUGCCCUUUAUUUUAUUUAUUUAUUUUAGUUUUAUUAUGCAAUCCUCGUCUUUAAAAAAAGCAAUCUGGUUUACUGGCUCUAUAGAAGAGGCAGUGAAAGCAGUUACCGAAAAUAACUUAAUACUUUUAGUAUAUAUCUUUGAUGAGUCAGAAAAAAGUAAAAAAUUUAAUAUUGUAUUUGAAGAUGGAAAUCUUGUGUCGGCUAUAGAAUCGAAAGCCAUUGCGUUAAAAUUACAAAAAGAUUCACAUGAAGCAAACUUAUUCGGUCAAUUAUAUCCAAUUAAUCAUGUACCUUUAGUCUAUUUUAUUUUACAAGGUACAAUUAAAGACUUUGGUAUUGAAGGUUUAUCCAGUCAAGAUAUAAUAUCAAAAAUAAAUAACCUUUCUCCUCCCACUACUACAAAAGACAUAAAGGAAAAGCUAAAAGAGAUAAAAGAAAAGCAUAUUGAAAAGGAAGAAAAACAAUUAAAAGAAAGAGAAAUGAAGAGACGAGAAGAAGGAAAAAUAGCUCAGGAAACUCUUCAGGACUUGAAAGAAAAGCAAGAGAAAACAUAUUUCGAGAAACUAAAAAAAGAACGAAAAGCAGAAGAAGAAUACAAAAAGAAGAUAAAAGAACAGAUUGCAAAGGACAGAGCAGAUCAAAUUGCUGCUAGAAAAGCAGAAAAACAGCGUAUUUCAAUCGAAAAAGAGAAGAAUAUGAAUCAUAACACUUCUUCAGAUUAUUACAGCCAUUGUAAUUUAAAUAUUAAGCAGCUGAAUGGUUCAAACUUAAGACAUUCAUUUUCACCUUCUAAUCGUCUUUCUGAAGUAAUUGAAUGGAUUGAUAUUGCAAGUAUUUAUAAUAAUCAUGAUAAAGUGAAACAAAAUAUGUAACUUCUACUUUUAUAUGUGUAUAGAAUAGAACAGACAGUGAUGUACCAUAUAGAUUAUUUGCUCAAUUUCCAAAUCGUAAUUUUGACAUUGGUGAAGAACAAAGGACAUUAUUAGAACUAAAAUUGUGUCCUAGUGCUACUUUAAUUAUGAAACCUAUGAGAAAUGUUUCAACUGCUUAUAAUAGAGAAAGAGGAAGCUGGAUAGACUAUCUGUAUUCUGCAGGAAAUACAAUCUAUAAUUCUGUAUCAUCCAUUACUUCUUAUCUGGCUACCCCUACGACUACGACUACGACUACUA